AAUUUAUAGUAUUUGUAAAGAUUCCAAUUUUUCCUCCGAGUGCCCCCCAAAAGAAUUGAGGAAGAUGUUGAGAGUAGCAAGCCGGAGGCUUUCGGUUUCUCUCUGGAGGUCCACCUGGACACCGACCUCCGCCACCGCCGCCUUUAAAUACCCAGUCGGCGGAGCCACCGACCACCAGGAGGAUUCUAGAUCUACCAUCUUCUUCCUUCGUUUUUCCUCUAACACUCAUCCCCAAUUUCAUUUUCCUGGCAGAGGUUUUGCUUCUAACUCAGUUGCCCCAAAGAAUGAAAGCAGUGGCAUUACAGAGAUUCCGGCAACUGAGACUGCUAUAAAAAAUCCAACUUCAAAGAUAGUUUAUGAUGAGUACAACCAUGAGCGCUACCCUCCUGGUGACCCCAGUAAGCGGGCUUUCGCCUAUUUUGUCUUGACUGGUGGCAGAUUUGUAUAUGCUUCCCUGCUUCGCCUUCUCGUUCUGAAGUUCAUUCUCAGCAUGUCAGCUAGCAAGGAUGUUCUCGCUCUGGCUUCCCUUGAGGUUGAUCUGUCCAGCAUUGAACCUGGCAGCACUGUGACUGUCAAGUGGCGUGGAAAACCGGUGUUCAUCAGGCGCCGAACUGAGGAGGACAUUAAGCUGGCUAACACCGUUGAUUUGGGAUCUCUCCGUGACCCACAGGAAGACUCAGAGAGGGUUAAGAAUCCUGAAUGGCUUAUCGUCGUCGGGGUCUGCACUCACCUUGGUUGCAUCCCUUUACCAAACGCUGGUGACUUCGGAGGGUGGUUUUGCCCCUGCCAUGGCUCACAUUAUGAUAUCUCUGGCAGAAUUCGGAAGGGGCCUGCUCCAUACAAUCUGGAAGUACCUACAUAUACUUUCUUGGACGAAAACAAGCUAAUGGUUGGAUGAGAGAUACCAAGUGUAGUUAUCUGUUGUAUAAGAACUCUGAUACUCGUUUCAGAUGAUGGUUGUUUUUCUUCUCAUUUCCUUUAAGCAUAUUUACUGUCGGUAUUACGUAACUGGCAAGUUGCCACUGCUGUGGACUUGGUGAAAUAAAAUGUUUGUUCCACUAUU